AUGCCUGCCAAAUGGUCUGGCCUCAGCCCCACGUAUUUGUACAAAAAUCUUGAAGCCAGUCUAUGCAUCGGGCACAUCUCCUUCGGGUAUAUUGAUGACUCGUACUCGCAGGAUGACAACUUUGACGGUUGUAAGACAAAUGUCCAUGACACAACCACAAUGUUUGAUUCAUUGGGUUUUUUUCCCCAUCAGACCAAGUCAGUAACCAUUCCUGUCCAACAACAGGACAUGACGGUCUCUUUAACCUCUGAAAGAGCCACAAAGCUUCAAACUGCUUGCAUAAAUUGGUUAGCAAAGAGGAGACCUUUAAUUCAGGAGGGUGCACAUGUUAUUGGCCUUAUGGUGGCUAGUUUCCCCGCUGUGACCUUUGCACAGCUAUUCUAUUGGGCUUUUGCUAAUUUACAGUGGUGGAUAUCCAAUAUUGAGACAUCCUCCAAACCUGUUCUGGCCAGCCAGCCAGAUAUGGUAAUUCAAUCUGAUGCAUCACUAUUAGGCUGGGGUGCCUAUAGUGAUGGAAAGCAUGCAGGAGGUCCAUGGGGAGAAACCGAAGCUAAGGCACACAUUAAUGUGUUAGAAACAAUUGCAGCCUUUUUAGCAUUGCAGUCUUUUUUGUUCUUGACAAUACCACAGCUGUAGCUUAUGUGAAUAAUAUGGGUGGAUACCAGUCCUCAGAAUGCCAUGCAAUAGUAAGACAAAUGGGGAUUUGGUGCAUUCAGAAAAACAUCUGGGUAUCGGCAACCCAUAUCCCAGGUGUCACUAAUGUAGAAGCAGAUAAAAAAUCCAGGCAAUUUGAUGUCCAUACAGAAUGGGCAUUAAAUGAUCAAGUUUUGAUAGGAUCUGUGUCAAAAAUUUUUAGCCCCAAGUGGACUUGUUUGCAUCCCGGCUUAACAAGAAGUUAGAGCAAUAUCGCCAAUAUGUCUCUUGACAGCCAGAUCCCAAGGCAGUAGCAGUUAAUGCUUUCAGCAUGAACUGGGCUACUAAAAGCUUUUACGCUUUUCCUCCCUUUAGCCUGUUAACAGAUGUUUGGCAAAAGAUCCAGGAGGAGUCAGCAGAGGGUAUACUGAUAAUACCCCUGUGGCCUACACAACCGUGGUACCCUGUGGCAAUGCAAAUGUUGGUCAACCACCCACAGAUUUUGCCCAAAAUGCAACGUCUACUUUACUUACAUCAAAUCAUGGCGAAGCGGAACUGUCCAGCAGUACCAAGUUACUUACCAUGCGGCAGCAUCCCCUGGUUUGCAGAUUCUUCGUGGUGUUUGCUAUAACACUAUACAUGGGAUGUUAACCUAGUGUUGACUUACCUCAAGACAUUAUACCCUCUUGAGAAAAUCAUGCUUAAAGAACAUGCUCAUAAACUUGUUAUGUUAAUAGCAUUGCUAUCUGGUCAAAGAACACAAACAAUAACACUAAUGGACAUUACGAAUAUACAGUUUACCGAUGCUGGUUGUCUUAUAUAUAUUACAUCUACUUCGGCAGCUAAGGCAGCGGGAGUUUCUAUAGAUGAGAUACUCAGUAGUGCAGGACGGUCUAAUUGUGCAACGUUUCAGACAUUCUAUAACAAACCUGUUGAAAAUGGGGCAAGUUUUGCUGAAGCAGGUCUAAAGACAGUUAUUUAA